UGCACCGGAAGAUAUACUGUAAAAAUGCGAAUUCGUUUCGCAAGGGAAAACAUUUUCAUUCAGUUUUGAGCUGUGAAGAUGGCAAAUAGGACUGUUAAAGAUGCCAACAGUAUACAUGGAACAAAUCCACAAUACUUGGUGGAGAAAAUUAUUCGUACUCGAAUCUAUGAAUCAAAAUACUGGAAAGAAGAAUGCUUUGGACUGACGGCUGAGCUUGUCGUUGACAAAGCCAUGGCGCUGAAGUUUGUCGGUGGCGUUUAUGGCGGAAAUAUCAAACCUACACCGUUCCUGUGUCUCACUCUGAAGAUGCUGCAGAUCCAGCCAGAGAAAGACAUCAUUGUAGAAUUCAUCAAAAACGAGGAUUUCAAAUAUGUCCGCUUGCUUGGCGCCAUGUACAUGAGGUUGACUGGGACAUCAGUGGAUUGCUAUAAAUACCUGGAACCACUGUACAACGACUACAGAAAAAUCAAGAGUCAGAACCGAAAUGGGGAGUUUGAGCUGCAACACGUUGAUGAGUUUAUUGAUGAACUGCUACACUCCGAGAGAAUGUGUGACAUCAUCCUUCCCAGGCUUCAGAAAAGGCAGGUUCUUGAGGAGGCGGAGCUGUUAGACACACGCAUCAGUGCCCUGGAAGAAGACCUGGAUGAGGUGGAGACCAGCGACGAGGAAGAUGAGGAAGAGGAGAAGACAGAGAGAGUUCAGACCCCAGAGCCCCACAGACGGAGUUACCGAGACAACGAUCGGCCUCGCCGCUCGCCCUCUCCACGCUACAGACGCAGCAGUCGUUCACCCAGACGGAGGAGCAGAUCACCUAAGAGACGAAGCCCAUCCCCCAGACGAGAACGUCACCGCAGCAAAAGCCCCCGUCGCCACCGCUCCCGAGAGAGACGUCACCGCUCAAAGUCCCCAGGGCAUCACAGAAGCCACAGGCAUCGCAGUCACUCCAAAUCCCCAGAGAGGAGUUCAAAAAAGAGCCACAAGAAGAGUCGAAGAGGAAACGUGUGAUCCACUUUGUAUUUUGUUCUCUUCGACAGUUCCCUUUUCUGACUUGUACAAAUUUGGCCACAUAAAUGUCCAUCUGUGUAUGGAAUCCCUUGUAUUUUGUUUUCGAAAGUAAUUGCAUUUUAAGAUAUUUUCAGACCAUGUUGCAGAAAGAAUCAAUCUCAAUUUUAUUUCUAAAAUCUGCAGCUCAUAUGGAACUGUCCACAACCCUAUGCAUCGGUGAAUAAAGUUGCUUGGUGGUUUGAACAUAGACUGAGAAUGUCAUGUCUGCACAGUCUCCUUGUAUGAAUUUUCUGGCCAAGCAGGUUAGGGACCAUGGUAACAAUGGUUGUUAAUCCCAAUUAUAUUAGUUUUAAUAAAACCAUUAUUGAGAGCUGUUGUAAAAACAAUUGGUAAUGUGAUGCGUCUCACUACAGAAGUGGGUAAAUAGUUGCAUUUUAUUAUGGAUGGCUGUCAUCAGUGCAGAUAACGAUGUCCUCGUUUGAAUGUGUGACUGGUUUGUGGUAUGAGUUGCACCCUGAAAGUGUUAGCCACAUUUAUACAAAUAAAUAACUUAUGUGCUUUUGACAAAACAUUUGUCACAAAUUGCUUAACAGUAACCCGGCAGAGACCAAAAACAAUCGAAAUAAGACACACAGUAUGUCACCUUCAAUUUGGUUAACCUUUUUGAUUGGUUAAUUUUACUCCUUGCUCUUAUUUUUAUGUUAAGUGUUUUGGAUAUUAUAAAAAAAAAAAAAAAAAGAUCUGGAGUCCAA